AUGCAGUCCUUCUAUACUCCGUCCACCUCGACGCACAUCUCCCACGGCCCGGCUGUCGACGAGCUCCGGACUAAAAUUCCUUCCAAUACGAAAACCAGCAACUCAUCUCAUACCCUCAAAAUCCAACGCCGUGGUCCCUUCCGACGCGCCAUCGACCGCGUGCGUCUAGGGUAUUAUCGCUACGAGGUCACUUUCGGCCUCUACGUGAUGACUCCGAGCGAGAAGCUCGUGACCAAUACUUUCGUCAUCGUGAUUCUGACACUCCUGCUCCGCCUCGUGUGGCUGCUGACGGGCCACACCGGCGAGGAAAUGGGCGCCAUCCUGGACAUUCUCGGCAAUUACGGCAUCCAUAUCACUCCAGCAUCUAUGGCCGAGAACGCAGUGGCCUUGUGA